AUGCCUUCCGACUUUUCCUUGACACCGCCUACGAUAGACAAAGGAACAUUUGCGUUCGCGAGAAUUCAGGGAGAGAUAUGCCUAGUGCAGGUGUCGUCUUCAACACCUGCUCAGUCGGCAUUGGCAACAGUUGACGUGAAAAUUUUCCGUCACGAAUUCAUCACAAUAUUUCGUCUUUCAACAACGACGACAUUACAUCCAUCAGAUAUCCAGAUUAUGGAACACAUUGAUGAGAAGCUUGUGUAUCACGAGGAGGAAAACGGGACGGUGUUUCUUGCGAGGGACGUUAUGGAACGGUUAAGGAAGCUCACGUUGCCGGUUUUUCCUAUCUCCCCUCGUCGUGUAGCACGGCCAUCAAGUUGGAGACAGUCUAUAGGAAAAUCGUGA